CAGGACAGUUGCUGGGCUCAGAACUUCCCCAUUUUCACCAGCAGCUCAAUCCACGCAGUUUUCUCUCCAGGCGGACACUCCCCUUUUACCAAUAUCCUGAUUGGGAACCUUUGAAUUGGGAACAUCAAUUUACUGUGCAGUAUCCUGGGCUGUCGCGUUUAGCUUGACGCUGCUGCAACCUGCUGCUGCCUGUGUGACUCCCAGCGACGAUGGACAAAUCUUGACGGCACAACGGCGACGCUUCCUGUGACUAAUGAUUCUCAACGCAAGCAGCUGUUUGAAUCUAAUCCUCAGCCGUCUAACGCGCUUAGAGAUAUCUCAGAAUGGGAGAAGACAAUUUACCCUCUCCCGAUAUAAUGCCACAUCCGUCUUCCCGCCCUCCUCUCGGCGAGUUCCCUCCCAACAUCGUCAUCCCUCCUCUAUCGCCCACCCACAACCUCACUAUCAUCUUCCUCCACGGCCGCGGUUCCAACGCCCGCAAAUUCCAUGGCCCGUUGCUCGCGUCGCCCUCUCCCAACGCCGCUCUCACAUUCCGCGAAGCCAUGCCUCACGCCCGCUUCGUCUUCCCCACUGCGCCACUUAUGCGCGCCUCCAAAUACCGCCGGUCCAUCAUCCACCAGUGGUACGAGGGCAGCGGCGACUGGGAACCCGAGUCCCGCGGCGAGAUGCGACCUAGCGUGGAGCAUAUACGCGGUAUUUUGAAAGAUGAGAUUGAGCGGCUUGGAGGGGAUGCGCAGCGGGUGGUCUUGGCCGGCAUUAGCCAGGGUUGUGCCAUGGCGUUGAUCAGCUUGUUGCUGUGGGAAGGGGACCCUCUGGGGGCGGUGGUGGUAAUGUGCGGAUUCAUGCCCUUGGCUUCAAGUCUGAUGGGUAUCCUCGAGGACGAGGACAAUCUGGAUAGCGGGGAUGAAGGCGUUGUGUUUGGUUCCGACUCAGAAGACGACCCAUUUGAGAGAGAUUCCUCAGACGACUCCAAGACCCCACUACAAAGAGCGAUUGAUGAGAUUCGUGAAGAAGCAGAGGUGGCUCCAGUGCGUUCCACAUCACAAACCUUCCCUUUCUUGUCGACCCCGGUCUUUAUGGGCCAUGGAACAGAGGACGAAAAUGUGGCAUACAAAGACGGCCAGCGCGCUGCUGAGUUACUGGAGCGGAUGGGGGUGUCAGUUGAUUUCCAUACGUACCCUGAGCUCGGCCAUUGGUAUUGCCCUGAGAUGUUGGGACACAUUGUCGAUUUUUUGAAUCGUAAACUGGACUUGUAGAAAUAUCUAAGAUCAUGAUUGUUUGGAAUUACUGUAUGGC